GGGGGAUUGCAUGGUGACCUUGCGGCGCAUUUUUGUCCCAUUCGCUUGCCGUAGUUGUCAGUUGCGGACUCCUCUUCGGGGCGAAUGAUAGAAAAUGCUUGUUUAAAUUAAGGCAUCCUUUAAAAAUGUCUCAUCAUGGAGGAGGAACCAGGGGCUUUUACUUCAGCACCGUCUUGUCUUUGGCCCGGUCGCUGGCAGCUCACCGGCAGGCGCCGUUAGAAAAGGUCCAGAAGCUCCAGUGCAUGUGCCCUGCAGACUUCAGAGGAGUCUUCCAGCUGGAUGAGAGGAGGAGGGGUGCCGUCAUUGCACUGGGCAUUUUUCUAGUCGAGUCAAACCUGCAGCACAGAGAUGCCAUUGUCCCCUACCUGCUUGGGUUGCUUAAAGGGCUUCCUAAAGUUCAGUGGAUUGAAGAAAACUCAGAACACAAAGCUCGAGAAACCCUUCCUGUUGCAGAGAACUUCAGCUUUUGUCUUGUAACACUGCUCUCCGAUGUCGCCCAGCGUGAUGAGACCUUACAAGGACAGAUCCUGGAGGCUGUCAUGGACGUCAUGCAGGUGCUGCAAGACAGCUGCAAGAAUCCCGAGGCUCAUGAUAAAGAAUACCUGUGCAGGUACACUGUGCCCACUCUGCUUGGUGUGGCUCGAGCUUUUGGCCGAUACAGCAACACCGAUGAGCCACUUCUCUCCAAGCUCUUCCCUCGACCAGUUGCUCCUGUGCUGCCUACGGGUGAUGACAGUGAUGCCACCCGCCGACGGUCCUUCAACGACUUCCGCUCCAUCCUGCCCAGCUCUUUGCUCACCGUGUGUCAGGGAGACUCCCUGAGACGAAAAGGCUCCUUGGUGUCCAGUGUGUCACAGCAGGCCAGCCCAGAAAGAGCAGCUGUGACCCCUAGCUCACCGGCUGAUCCCUCUGCACAGUACUUUGAAAGCUCAUACCUCCCUGACAGCAGUGCAGUGGACCCUGAUUACUACUUCUGCACCAUCAGCUCCAGCUUCUCUCUCUCACCUCUUUUCACUGGAAACAGCUCUGGAGAGUUUUAUGUCCCUCUGGAGAUGCUCAGACAGCUCCUUGACAUGGUCAGCACUGACCCCACUGAAUAA